AUGGCUGAGAAAGAAACAACGCUCGCCCUCCAACUAACUCGCCCCUCCCAAACCACACCACCAACACUCACCCUAAUCACGCUCCCCAUCCCCACCCCAAAAGAAGGACAAGUCCUCGUCCGCAUCCACGCCUCCGCCAUCCAACCUUCCGACAUCCUAAACACUCAAGGCGCCUUCCCCUACACCACCUUCCCCCGGGUCCCCGGCCGCGACUUCGCCGGGACCAUCUUCUCCUCUCCCUCCGAUCCUUCUCUCAUUAACCAAGAAAUCUACGGCACCUCAGGAAACACGCUCUCAUUUACCUCCGACGGCGCACACGCAGAAUAUAUCCUCGUCCCCUCGACAGCCGUGGCUUCUAAGCCGACGAACCUAAGUUUCGCACAGGCUGCAACGAUCGGAGUCCCGUUCACGACCGCUGCGCUCGCGGUCAAGAAAGGCGAGGUUAAGAGCGGAGAGCGGGUUCUGGUACUCGGUGCCAAUGGAGCGGUGGGGAGUGCUGCUGUUCAGAUCGCUGGGGCGAAAGGCGCGAAGGUGCUCAAGGGAGUAAGAGGUCCUAAGGGCGACGUCGACACGGGCGCUGACCCGGAAUUAUCUGCGUUGAAAGAGCCGGUGGAUGUAGUGAUCGAUACGGUGGGGCAACCGAGCCUGACGGCCGCGGCGGCGAGGAAGUUGGGGAGAGCGGGGAGAUUGGUGUUUAUUGCUGCGCCGAGGAGUGGGGAGACGGUGUUGGGGAUCGAGAUGGUGGAUUUUUAUCGGCUGGAGAAGAGGGUGGAGGGGAUUAAUACGUUGCUUUAUGGGAUAGAAAGUUUUGCGGAGGAGUUGAGGAGCAUGAGUGGGUUGUUUGAGGAGGGGAAGUUGGUGGUGGGGGAGGGUUGGACUGAGGUUCCGCUUAAGGAGGGGGUGGACGCUUAUAAUAGGGCGGGGAAGAAGGGGGGUAUUGACAAGUUCAUAUCCACCGAGGACAGACCGAAUAUCAUUAAGUGA